AUGAAGACUUGCCCUCAGCCCUUUUGCUUCCUGCCCUUUUUCUUGUUCCUUCUGUCGGUUGUCAUCAGUGCACCAACUCAAGAGAGUGAUGAGGAUGAGAGUGCUGCGCGGGACGUCGGCAGACCUCUAGAUGUUCGGGACACUGCAGUCUUACCAUCCGCGUGGGGUUGGCACGUCGAAUGCAAAGUAAAUACGCCUCCCCACUAUGGAUGGCUUCUCACUGACGGAUUCAAGCAACUGCCAGGCGUCGAUAUCGGUUACUGUCGGGAAAACAACCCUCCACCAGCGCCACAGUCUCCCGAGAACGCGAAGCGUAAUACCGACCUGAAACCAAGAAACGGCAGCUCUACCGAUUCCUCCCCGUCCUGGGCAUUGACACCGUUGAGGUGCUACGAUCUCGACCUGACGUUGAGUUUUAACAGCAGUGGAGAGUGUGACUGUGUCUGGGAGGAGCAACUCACUGGAGAUACUGCGAAAUUAGGUUGGGUCGAUGGCGUCGCUGACUGGGCGAGCAAUGGGUACGCGAACCAUUGGUGGGCACGGAAUGAGAAGGAGAAGGACCAGGAGAGCCCAGAGUGA